UUCCCAGCGAGGAGUGAAAAGCUUGGUGGGACAGAGCUGCAUGAGAAAAACUUCCCCUUUUCCCACAGCGUGGAGUUGCCAGGAAACUGGAGUAAACCUGCAUGCACCUUCCCCCUUAUCAGAUCUCCUCCUUUGGAGGGAUAUUACCUUUUUUUUUCUUACGUUGCUUUUUUGCCAUUGGGAUAAAACUAACUUUGCUUUCAAUCACUUUGUGGACUGGAUGAUUCUGAGUGUCUGGAAGAGAAGUGAGCAGACCUGAGAACUUCACACAGUACCGCUUCCAACACAGAUUUAGAAAAAUCUGCCAAUCAAGACCAAAUCAAGUUGCAGGAAGCACAUUCAUCCUCCAGUGCUCCGUUUGUUUCCUCUAAACAUGGAAGACAGUUUGACUGUAUCUUUACGAUUGGUCAGCUCCAUUGUAUUAUUAGGACUCCAGCUAGUGGUCUCCCAGCUGUCAAUAGAUCACAGAAAGGUUCCACAGAGGAUAGACCAACAAAUGGAUGCUACAGAAAAUACCAGUGCAGCGCCCACUGGUACCUGGGGCAGCUGGGGACCUUGGUCAGCUUGCUCUAGAAGUUGCAGUGGUGGAGUUAUGGAACAAACUCGACCCUGUCUCCCAGCCAACUACCAAGUUCCAAGUCAACAGUACUCUACAGCACAAAGAAAUCCCAGCCACAACAAUGCUAUCAACCAUGACUCUGUACUUAAUCCAUACCCUGGUCAUGUUAUAUCAGCCAUUCGAACAUCAGUACCUCUUCACAGAAGGGGAGAAAAUCCAAGGUUCAGUCUUCCAGCUUCAGAAGAUUUAAGCCAAAUUCAUCUUGGCAGAGGGAUACUUAGAGGAAACAGACAGCCGUCACUAAACGGUCAGACAACUAGACUGGAAAGAAGAAACAGAACAAGAACUCCAAUUAGUCCAGGAUCAUACGGGUAUGGUAAAGUUCCACAUAUCUUACCAUUGCAAAGUGACACGGGUCAAGAAGUCCCAAGAGUAAGGAGGCAGCGUCAGUCUUUUGGACAAGGUUCGGCUGGACAGAAUGCAGAAUCUCCAGCUAAUCAGCAUCUGAUAUCAUCCCAUUCACAAACUGUACCACUGGCGCUUCCUGACGCUUCCAGUCAUGGCUCUACAACCCUCCAACUACUCCAAGAUAAACCUCCAGCACAACGUGGACCCACAACCAUUAUGUGUAUUGGAUCCUACAAACAAUACAAGCUUUGUAAUACAAAUCUGUGUCCAGGGAACAACAGAGGCAUCAGAGAAGUACAGUGUGCAUCCUAUAACAAUAAGCCCUUUAUGGGUCGUUUGUAUGAAUGGGAACCGUUUUCUGAAGACAAAGGUACUUUGAAGUGUGAAUUGACAUGCAGAGCAAUGGGUUACAGAUUCUAUGUGAGACAAGCCGAAAAGGUAAUCGAUGGAACACCCUGUGACUUCAAUGGAACUGCUGUGUGUGUUUCAGGUCAAUGUAAGAAAAUUGGCUGUGAUGACUUUUUGGGUUCAGACAAAUUAGUAGACAAGUGUGGUGUCUGUGGUGGAGAUAACACAGCUUGUAAGGUAGUGUCGGGAGUCUUCAAACAUAUUUUAACUAAAGUUGGAUACCAUAAAGUGGUGGAAAUCCCAGAAGGUGCUACAAAAAUCAAUGUGACAGAAAUGGCCAAAAGUAAUAACUACUUAGCUCUUCGAAGUCGGUCAGGAAGAUCUAUCAUCAAUGGAAAUUGGGCAAUUGAUAGGCCGGGUAAAUAUGAAGGAGGUGGGACGAUGUUCACCUACAAGCGACCAAAUGAAAUUUCAAGCACUGCAGGAGAAUCUUUUUUAGCUGAAGGCCCAACAAAUGAAAUACUGGAUGUUUAUAUGAUACAUCAACAACCCAACCCAGGAAUUCAUUAUGAGUAUGUCAUUCCAGCAACAAAUUCCAUCAGCCCACAGUUACCUCCCCACCAGAGACCAGGUGAUCCAUUCAAUGGCCAGUUAGAAGAAGCAGAUGGCUUAAACCCUACAGAGAACAGAGAUUCCUUUACUGAUGUCGACAUACACACAGAACACGCAACAGGGCUUUCACCUUCCUUGCAGCCUGGAAGGAUUCCAUCACAACCACCAGACAAUCAGGUGCCUAAUUUACAACCCCCCAGACGGAACCGUGAAUACAACUGGAAGCAAGUCGGGUCAACAGAAUGUUCAGUAACAUGUGGUAAAGGAUCCCGGUACCCGUCCUUUCGCUGUGUUAACAGAAUUACACAUGAAGAGGUGUCAGAGGCAUUCUGCGACUCCAGUAUGAAGCCUAGCUCUGAAGAGGAGCCCUGCAACCUCUUUCCAUGUCCUGCUUUUUGGGAUAUAGGAGAGUGGUCAGAAUGCAGCAAAACAUGUGGCCUGGGGAUGCAGCACAGACAAAUCCUAUGCAGACACAUCUACGCAAACCGUACCCUUACAGUACAGCCAUACCGCUGCCAGAACUUGGAAAAACCAGAGACGACUACUACGUGCCAGAUUAAGAUCUGUAGUGAAUGGCAAAUAAGGACGGAGUGGACACCUUGCUCAGUCCCUUGUGGGGUAGGGCAGAAGACCCGCGAUGUAAAGUGUGUCAGCAACAUUGGUGAUAUUGUUGAUGAUGAAGAGUGUAACAUGAAGUUACGACCAAAUGAUAUCGAAAACUGUGACAUGGGUGCGUGUGCCAAAAGCUGGUUCCUAACAGACUGGAGUGACAGGUGCUCUGCAGAGUGUGGUGAGGGCAUUCGGACACGGUCAGUGGUUUGCCUGUCCAAUCAUAUUAGCAGUUUGCCACUAGAAGGCUGUGGCAAUAACAGACCACCUGAAGCUACAAAGUGUGACAAUGGACCUUGUGAGGGCAAAGUUGAAUGGUUUACAGGAAGCUGGAGUCAGUGUUCUGUGGAGUGUGGCACAGGGACGCAACAGAGAGAUGUAAUCUGCAUCAGAAAGACAGUCGACGGUUUCACUGUAGUCAAGCCAUAUGAAUGUUCAUAUCUAGAGAGACCUCCUAACCAGCAAUCCUGUCACCUCAAGUCCUGUGGGGCAAAGUGGUUUUACACUGACUGGAGUACAUGCUCGAAAUCCUGCGAAGGUGGCUUCAGAGUCAGAGAGGUACGAUGUCUUUCGGAUGAUAUGACACACAGUGAUAGAUGUGAACCAGAUCUUAAACCAGAUGACAACGAGGCAUGCAACACCCAGGACUGCAUACCAGAAAUAGAUGAAAACUGCAGAGACAAGUACUAUAAUUGCAAUGUGGUAGUACAGGCCAGAUUGUGCGUGUAUGCAUAUUACAAAACUGCUUGCUGCGCUUCCUGCCACAGAGCAGCCAGCAGACAGUCAGGAUACCUUGGACGAAGAUAACAUCUGAAGCAUCUACAUCAACAGAUACACAGAAGCAGAGUUAAUGACUGAUCUGUACCUGCCUCUUUAAUUGUAUGUCUCAAGAAGAGAAAAAACAUUCACCAUGAAA